AUGUUUUCAUUCGCUUUGUUUUUUCUUCUGAUCGCUGUUUCAGUUCUAGGAUUCGAUAUUGACUCCAAGACCAAUGUUGCUGUAUACUGGGGCCAGGCAUCUGCUGGAUCUCAAGAGUCUCUCGCUACCUACUGUCAAUCCGAUGAUGUUGACAUAGUUCUAUUAUCGUUCCUGUACGUUUUCCCAGACCCUUUGAGUCUUGAUUUUAGCUCUGCAUGUUCUGACACUUUCUCUGAUGGCCUUCUUCACUGCUCGCAGAUCGGUGAGGAUAUCAAAACCUGCCAAGGCUUAGGCAAAAAAGUUCUACUAUCUUUAGGUGGUGCCUCAGGCUCUUACGGUUUCGCUAAUGACUCUGAAGCUGAAACUUUUGCCGAAACCUUAUGGAACACCUUUGGCGGUGGUUCUGCAGAUGAGCGUCCAUUUGACGAUGCCAUUGUCGACGGGUUCGACUUUGAUAUAGAGAAUUCUCAACCUACUGGCUACGCUGCACUUGUUACAAAACUAAGAGAGUACUUCGAAAGCGGUUCCAAGGAUUACUACAUUUCUGCUGCUCCUCAAUGCUACUACCCGGAUGCUUCCGUUGGUGACUUAUUACAAAAUUCCAAGGUUGAUUUUGCAUUCAUUCAGUUUUACAACAACUACUGUGAUGUUGACAGACAAUUCAACUGGGAUACUUGGUUGGAUUUUGCCGAAACAAUCUCACCAAACACCGACAUAAAGCUUUACCUUGGAUUGCCAGGUGCCUCUACGGCUGCUAGUUAUGGCUACAUUUCUGAUUUGAGUCUCAUCGAAUCGACUGUGAAAAACAUUUCAACCUCAUCCAAUUUCGGUGGAAUUAUGCUAUGGGAUGCGUCGCAGGGGUUCACGAACCAGAUAGACGGUGAAACCUACGUUGCCCAAAUGAAGAGUAUCUUGGAGCAAUAUGCUUCCAGCGAGGUCAGUUCUACAGUUUCGACUACUUCCACUAGCUCUUCUUCCAGUAUCGCAAGUUUAACUUCUGCAACCUCUUUAACCGCCUCAUCUACCUCCUCUUCUUCCAUUAGCUCAUCCCAAACUACUUCUUCCAUUAUUUCUAGCAGCACCUCAAUUGUGACCUCUGCCAUUCCUAGCUCGACAAGUACAAGCACUUCCCUGACCUUGUCUUCAUCAACUCUAUCCACGGCAUCGUCCGCUUCCUCGCUUCCGGUCACCUCCACCGAGACUUCUAUUUCUUCUAGUCUUUCGAUCUCUUCGACUGCAUUAUCUUCCACCACGGUGCAUAGCACUUCACCCACCGGAGCUUCUACAUAUUCGCCAUCCUCUUCUGAAAUUAUUUCAAGCUCCCAUAUUUUGUCGACUACUUCAGAUUCUUCUACAAGCAGCGACUUUCCAUCUUCCUUACCUACUACAACAGCUGUUACCACACCAACUACCACUCUGUCGACUAAGCUUUUAUCCUCCGGAAGUACUGGAUCUAGUUCAUCUUCUGCCAUCAUCACUUCGUCUUCAUCAGUGCCUAUUGAAGCCACAACCACAUUUUCCGAAGAGAGAUCGACUACAACGCUAGUACCAACUAGCACACUGUCUAGCUCCUCAAGUGUCCCAUCGCCUACAGCCACUUCUUGGGCCCAUAGUAGGGCUAUAGCCCUAAAUGAGCAGUUUGCUGCUGGAGACUUGAACGGUAAAACAACCUGCUUUGAUGGAGAAAUCUCUUGUACUGCAGAUGGUAAAAUUGCCAUCUGCAAUUACGGCGACUGGGUAUACACAGAGUGUGCGGCGGGCACAACAUGUUUCGCGUAUGACACUGCAGACGUCGUGUCAAUAAGCUGCAAUUUCUCUGGGUUGAAAAGUGAUUUCGAGUAG